UUUGAUGUAGAGGGCGGAAAGGGAUGUUCAGACAUCCGUUGAUACAGCCGUCUUGUGACAACCUAUUUUAAAUGUCAUCAUGGACUUUGACUACCAGCACUUAAAAGAUGUUGAAAUCCUCAGGCGAGAAGAGCGAAUCAGCUGCCUGCCAAUCCAACCCCAAAAGCCUGUACCACACCAGCAUUCUGCUCAAGACCCGCCCACCCGCCAGACUCCUCCAAUCAAACCCAGGCGGAGCUUAAAGGUCCCCAAAACUCUUCGUGAGGAGGUGGUGUUACCAGCCAAACAAACCAAUGGCCAGGAGAAUGAGACAGUAGUGAAGAGGGUGUCUCCUGCUCUGACUCUGGGUGGCCCCGGGCCCCUGGAGCCCUUGUCCCCGUCCCUUCGGGCCCACACCCUGCUGUGGUUUGAGAGGACACAGCUUCCCCGCCUGUGUCGGCCUGGUCGCCCAAUGCCCCGCUGGCUACACGGCUUCGCCACGCGCAGGGAGGCAGAGGAGCUUCUAAAGGACAAGCAGCAGGGCUGUUUUCUGCUCAGGCUCAGCGAGUCAAAGAUUGGUUUUGUACUCUCGUACAGAGGAAAGGAUAGGUGCCGCCAUUUCAUCAUAGAGGAAGAAGAGGGUGACAGAGGGGCGUGUUACCUCAUCGCUGGGGAGGAGAGUCGCCAUAGCAGCCUGCAGGAGCUGGUCAGCUAUUACACCCAGUAUCCCGUGGGGCCCUUCAACGAGAUUCUCACCACGCCCUGUGACGAGUCCAGUGAAGCUUGUGAGGGUACAGUUAAACUGGGGUUGCAGGAUGAAGGUGGAGAGACAACGAAAGUGACCAAAAAGGAAGUGGCUCCUGCCACUGUCCAUGAGAUAUUGGCCAGCUCAGUCCCUACGGACGACGGGACGCCAGAGUAUGCUAUGGUGAAGAAGGUGCUAAAAAAGUCCCUUUCUCAACCAGAAAACCAGCUUGGCGAACUGUUGGUGACAAAUCUGAUCCUCCCCGAAGAUGUGACAGAACCUGACGUUAGCUGUGCAGGAGCAUUUGGGGAGGGCGCCUUCGACGCACUGUACGCCCGGGUCAACAAGCCACCAAGCAUGCUUUCCCAGACAGAUACAUCUCCCUACGUCAAUGUGGGCAAUCCUCCAGGCCAGGAGGAGACAGCGUCCUCCGUCCCUCUCAUGCACCGUGGGUCCACGGGGGACCCAAACUACUGGAAGUUGGAGCCCCUGCACACCUACGAGGAAACCCCUCAUCUGGUUCAACGUGAAGAAGAGACAAAGGAACACAUCGACUUCUACGCCAUGGGGCGCUGGCGGGAUGCCGAGAGGAGUGCAGACCCCCAGCAUCACCUCUACUCAGAGGUGAACCUAAGAACAAGAGAGGCCCCCAGUCACAUCCCCCUUCCAGCCAGGACAGCCCCCAACCGGCCUUUACGACUGCCUCCCAGGCCCGUUAACUGCCCCCCUCAACAGGACGGAAGUGUGCAGCAAUGUGGAGAUCCCAUCUUGUCCUCUUCCCCAUCCCGACCUGGAGUCUUUCUGACACCUUGUUCAGAACAACCUUUGACCCAAGACCCGAGCACCAGCAUCUAUGAACAGCUCCCAGAGAGGCCAACCAGCUCAAGGCCUCCGCUGCCUCCACCCAACCCAACCCGACCACUCCUUACUAAAGACCCUAUCAUACAACUCCCCUUGUAAACAAAAUACUGACCACCCUAUCUACAAUAUAUCAAACUAUAAAUCCUAAACACUCUUCACCAAAGACCCUCUGCAAAUAUCCAGAAUUAAGCCUUACUUACUGUACACUUAUAUCAACUGAUCAAGUUAUCUUUUCUAUUUAACGCAAGAGGCUAGACACAGUCCUGAAUGUCAAUCUGUGUGCCAAAAAUGCAUCUACAGAAGUUGUGCUCCAUUUUGUGUCCCGAUCUACCCUCGAAGUGUACACUUGCGCACUACCCCACAAAGAUAAAGAAAUGUGUAAAAAUACAAGAAUCUCACUUUAUAAAACUCAGCUUGUUUAUUUCCCAAACAAGACAAAGUCCCACCCAGAACCACCUGGGAAACUAUUCACUUUUAGGGUUUCAAAACAAAUUACAAAAUAAAACAAAAGGCAAAAAGUUAA